AUGCCACGUCACCGCACGACGAUACUCGACUUUCCCCCAGAGUCUCCACUCUCCGCGGUUUCAAUCAAGUGGCCACCACUGCGUGGAACCAGACGCACCAGAAUGGCUCGCAGUCGAAACUACAACCAGCCAGGGCAUUACCGGGGAGUAAGGAAGCGCGGGGAAUUUCGUUACGUUGCAGAGAUUAAAGACAGCAAGGGUGGGGUUCGCAGGUGGCUGGGCACCUUUUCUUCUGCUGAGGAGGCCGCUCGUGCCUUUGAUGACGCUGCUUUUGAGAUCCGAGGAUCCAAGGCGAAGCUUAACUUCCCAAGGAGGCAUAUUCAGAAAAGGGGAGGGGUCGUAGGUUCUGAUUCUGUAGUGCUAUUAGGAGGAGCAGCGGCUAGGAUGGAAGCAGCAGGAAGGGAUGCAGGGGUGGAUGGUGGAGCGGCAGGGGUGGAUGGUGGAGCGGCAGGGGUGGAUGGUGGAGCGGCAGGGGUGGAUGGUGGAGCAGCAGGGGGGGAUGGUGGAGGAAUGGGCAUGGGAGAGCUGCCACCUGGGGCUGUAAGGCAGGUUAGGGAGGGCAGUAGUACUAGGAGCGGGGAAGGGAAAGGGAAGGAGGUAGGAUAUAGUGACGAUUCCGCGGAGGGGGCAUUGAUGGGAGAGGCUGUGGAUCUGGAAAGGGCUGGAGGGUUGGGAUUGGAGGACGUGGGACUUGAGGGCUUGACGGAAGAUGAGAGUGAGCUAUUCUCUGAACUAGCAGCGCAGUUUGCUCUGCAGCUGGGGGGGAUGGAAGAACCCAAAGGGGGUGAGGGGAGUGGGGUUGGUACUGCGAAAGGCAAGGAGGCAGUGGAAGAAUGGGAGGCGUCUCCAGGGAAAGAAAGCAGUGGAAGCAGAGAAACUAGUGACGGGGAAGGGGCGAUGGAGGAGGAGGAGGAGGGUGCGAUGGAGACGAAGACGGGAAUGGGCGAGCAUUUGGCUGGCGUUGUUUCCCAUGACAAUGGGGUGAAAAUGAUGAGGGGAACAGAAGCCGUGCCGAUAGAUAUGGCAUCUUAUCAGCACUACUACCAACUGCUUGGCACCAAGGAUGCGGUUCACGAAAGCAGCCGUUUGUCUACUUUUGAGGCGCCUCAAAAGUUGGCAUCUGAUCAACACUACCAGCUGCCUAGCACCAGGGAUGCAGCUCAUGAAAGGAGUCGCCCAAAUCAAGGAUCGCCGAAGCAGAGAGGCGUAGGGAUGGAGAGGCAGCAGGGAGGCUGCACUAUCUCUGAGGGUGAGAACAGUGCUGGUAUCGACAUGAUGGCAUCACAGCCAAUCCAACAUGCUAUACCAGUCCAAGGAGCUAUGUCUGCAGCAUUGGAUCCAUACUCCCGCUUGCAUCAGCCAGGUCAACAGGGUCAAUGGGGUCAACAGAGCCAGCAGGGACAACAGGCAGAACGGGGUCAACAGGGUCAACAGGGCCGCGGGGCAGGUGUGGUGGUAGGUGCAGCAGCAGGGGGACCUUCUGGUAGUACAGUUGGGCUCCCAGCACUGGCAGCCGGGCAGCAGGCUUUGGUAGGAGCGCAGCACACACUGAUAGGGGGACAGGCAGGGCAGCAUGCGUUGCCUGGGCAGCUAAGAGAAGGGCAACAAGCAGUGAUAGGGGAACAAGCGUUGGCAGUAGGACAACAUGUGCUGGCUUGGGAGCAAACAGCUGGAAUACCAGUCCCGGGAUGCUUUGUUACCCAGGCAUCAAGCGAGCCAGAAGCGGUGUCAUGGGGUUUCAGUGUGGAAGUGGCUGGGGGUAUGAUGACACAGUCUGGGCAUGGUCCGUUGCAGGAAUCAGAGGAGGCGGUGGAGGUGCGCAACGUGGCGGGUUCAGCUCCUAGCAUGCCAGCUCCUAGCAUGCCUCCAAGCUGGCAUGCUGAAAUGAUGCAGCAUGCGUCUACCGCAAUGUCCCCUUGUUGUGAUUCCGCACGUGCGUCAGCAUCACCAGAACCAGCAGCAGCAGCAGCAGCAGCAGCAGCAGCAGCAGCAGCAGCAGCAGCAGCAGCAGCAGCAGCAGCAGCAGCAGCAGCAGCAGCAGCAGCAGCAGCAGCAGCAGCAGCAGCAGCAGCAGCAGCAGCAGCAGCAGCAGCAGCAGCAGCAGCAGCAGCAGCAGCAGCAGCAGCAGCAACAGCAGCAGCAGCAGCAGCAGCAGCAAAAGCAGCAGAAGCAGCAGCCGCCCAGUUCAUCAAGCUUCCCACGGCGCAGCUCAUUCAACCUCAAGUCCGGCCGGAGGAGCAAGGCACCUUCUCCCACUCGCACAGUGCCCUUCUUUCGCCUGCCUAUCCACCCUCCAACUCCGAUGUUACGGCCGGCUCGCAUGGAUACAGCAACACAGAGAAGAGCGGUAUUGAAGCCUUAGCGCAUGAUGCCUCUAAUAAAAUUAGUGGCUCCAAGACAGGUGGUGGUGGGAGCAGUGGAGUAGAUGUUGUAAUGGGGGAACCUGCAACAGAGGGCGUCAGGCCUGCGUAUGACGCUGGCGCUGCUGACCAGCCUAGUGCUGACCAUCUGAGUGCCGCUCAACCUAGUGCCUACCAGCCUUACGCUGCCCAACCUUGUGCCGAGCAGCUGGAUUUCCAGCAGCAAAUCAUGGCAGACUUGACCCUCCCUCUACCUCCUCAUCCCUCAGCGGAUCAGUUGUUGCUCCUGAGGAAUGCCGAACACUCUGCAUUUUCUCCCUGGGGCCUCACCUCCCCAGGUUCUUGCAUCGAGGGAGCACCCUAUCAUAGUCUCGAGAAUCAUGCUCCUGCUGCCCCACACGUGGCGCACUUGGGAGCAACAGGUGCGGGCUUAGAGGUUGGGGGGCAGGCUACUGAUGCAGGAAAAAAGAAGAAGGAGAAGAAGAAGAAGAAGAAGAAGAAGAAGAAGAAGAAGAAGAAGAAGAAGAAGAAGAAGAAGAAGAAGAAGAAGAAGAAGAAGAAGAAGAAGAAGAAGAAGAAGAAGAAAAAAAAAACAAACAAACAAAUAAACAAACAAACAAACAAACAAACAAACAAAACAACAACAACAACAACAACAACAAAAACAACAACACUGUUGCUGGUGUUGCUUCGAUUCUUCUGA